UCGCAUUCCAGGGGCCGUGAACAAUCGGAGCUCGGUCAUUUAUUAGCGGAGCCCCUCCCAUUCUGCUCUCAGUCUGCUGGAGUAGCUCUCCAGACGCGCACGCAUCUGAAACAUACGCAUGGAAAUAUAACCCCGUACUCAACGGAUUUUCUUAAGGAUUAUAUUAUUAAACUCAUAAGCGAGUCCAGAACACCGUGCGUAACUUUAAUUUGUGAUGCGACGGUAAUUUGGUACGGAGUACAGUCAGAAGAUCCCUUAUAACAGAGUGACAUUGAUUGCUGUUGUGCAAAAAUGAGAACCGCUGAGGAUUCAUCAGGCACUGUGCUGCACCGGCUGAUUCAAGAGCAGCUACGUUAUGGGAACCCCACUGAUCCCACUCUGUUGGCCAUCCAGCAGCAGGCUCUGCGUGGAGGCAGCAGCGGUGGUGGUUCGGGUAGCCCUCGUUCGUCCCUGGAGAGUCUAACGCAAGAGGAAUCUCUUUCCCCCCAGCUGUCCACCAGACAGGAGCCUCAGGGCCAAGAGCAUCAGGGCGACUACCAGCAUCUAGAGAGUCCCAUCUGCCACCUCUAUCAGCUCCACACAGAGGAGCUGCCUACUUAUGAAGAGGCAAAAGCUCACUCGCAGUACCUGGCCUACCAGAGAGGGCAGGCAGGACUUCAGCAAAGCAGUCUGAAGACCUCCGGAGUAGUCGAAGUGGCUGAGCAGGACAACGGCAUGUGGGAUAUGAAACGGGAGCAUGCUCGCUCGCUCAGCGAACGCCUAAUGCAGCUCUCGCUGGAGAGGAAUUCUACCCAUGACAAUAUUCACAUGAGCUCAUCACAUAGCUACCCCCAGCUCUCAAAUAGUCAUCCUGGUCCUGUUUCAAAUGAAAGAUCAAUUCAUGAGCCAGAUCAACGUGGCCCUCCCCCCGAGUAUCCCUUCAUGGUGAGAUCCCCUGGAUAUAUGGUUAGUCAUUCACAAGAACACGGACACUUUUACAAGGAGCCCCCUCCAGCUUUCCACUCUCAGCAUCACAGGUUAUUUCCGACCCAGUCACAAAUGCCUCACCAUAGCGGCCUGCCCGUGGUGACCCCUGCUGGUCAGGAUGUCAUCGUUGGAGGAUACAGCAUUCCCAUGAACAAUUUUCAAAUGGAGCAACUGAUUAGAGAGAAUGAGAGAUUGAAAGGAGAAGUGGAAAGUUACAGUGAGAAGGCAGCAAAGUUACAGAAGCUGGAACAAGAGAUUCAGAGGAUAUCUGAGGCAUAUGAGACACUCAUGAAGGGGUCUGCAAAGAGAGAAGCUCUUGAGAAAACCAUGAGGAACAAGCUAGAGAGUGAGAUCAAGCGACUUCAUGACUUUAACAGAGACCUCAGGGACCGCCUGGAAACGGCCAACAAACAGAGAGCAGCCAUGGAAGUUGAAGACAAGAGUCGGCAUGCCUUUGCCAAACUGGUUGAGCAAAAUGAGGAUCACCAGCGGGAGCGUGAACGACUGGAAAAGGAAGUGCAACAUUUGAGAGGCUCGGGAGAAGAAUGGAAGAGGCGCAGAGAAGCACUGGAGCAGGCACUGAUCUCUGCUCAGACACGGAAUAGGCAGCUAGAGGAAGAGCUACGUAGGAAGAGAGCUUACGUGGAAAAAGUGGAGAGGAUGCAGAGCGCCCUGGCACAGUUGCAGGCAGCAUGUGAAAAGAGGGAAUCUCUGGAACUACGGCUACGGACCAGAUUGGAACAGGAGUUGAAGAAUCUGAGAGCUCAGCAGUGGCAGUCUCAAGGUCAACAAAUAAGCCCUGGGUCCGUCUCAAACCUGAGCAUGUCAUCUCUACAACAGCAGCUGAGAGAGAGAGAGGAACAGGUUCUGGCCCUGGAGGCCGACAUCACCCGCUGGGAGCAAAAAUAUCUUGAGGAGAGCACAAUGCGUCAGUUUGCCAUGGAUGCGGCCGCUACUGCAGCAGCCCAGAGGGAUACAACCAUCAUCAAUCACUCACCUCGCCAUUCACCCAACAGCAGCUUCAACGAUGACCUGCCGUCCCCCAACCAGAGGCAUCAAGAAAUGGAAAACAGGAUUCGAGCUCUUUAUGCUCAACUGUUGGAGAAGGAUGCCGUUAUCAAGGUCCUGCAGCAGCGCUCACGACGAGAGCAAGUUCGACCUGAGCAGCAAGGCCUACGCCCUGCGCGAUCCGUCCCCUCCAUCAACACAGCUGCCAACACUGCGGCGACCAGAAUUAAAGGGAAGAGCCUCUCGGAUGACCAGACAACAGCCGCGGUAUUGCCCCCAUUGCCCCAUCCACUUUCCAAAACCCAGUGUCGGGACACCAGCACCCAGUGUGAUACGUCAAUAGAUGAGAGCAAGACUUUAGCAGAACCUGCUGCUACUGCUUCUGCUCCAGAACCUUCAAUUGCCCCCAGCUUUGAUUCUAACUCUCUGGGACAUCUCAACACAACCAAGAUCAGCAGCAGUGUUGAAAAUGAAAUGGUGGAGAUUCUCAUCUAAAAAGGGAAGAGAUCUGAAAUGAACAUUGAUCAGCUUGAUGCUGUCUGCUGCUCUUACACAGAAGAUUUUCCCUUCUUCUUCAUGAGGACUUACCAUGUGCGUGCUUAAGAAGACAGCUCGCCAAUGGAGCCGGUCAGCGUUGGCAUCAGGAAGCCAAGAGAGAAGUUUGUGGGAUGAACCGCAAACUGAUCUUUAGUGAAGGAGAGCUGAGCUCCCUUGAUGAUUUCUCCACAAAAGAAAAGUGUUUCAUCUCAGCUGGUGCCUCUCAACCAGCUGGACUGUGAGAUGUACAUAUGUCUGAAUCUGAGGUACUUGGACAGUACUCCGCAGAUCUCUAAAAAGCUACAGUGAAAUGCAUACGUGCAUUUAAACACAUUGUAUAUGUUUCUUUUUAUGCAAUUUAUUUAUGAAUAUUGCUGCUGAGUGUGUGAUGUCAAUUUGUGAGUUUAGUUUCGAGUGUUGUAAGAAAUAGGAACGAAAUGUACAAACUAUCCCGCUGUUGUGAUUUUUAUUGCUUUCUAUACAGUUUAUCCAUCUAAGUAUAUCGGCCCAUGUAAGACUAUAUCCCACAUUCCUAGUUAAAAACGCAGACAAAUAUAUCUCGCCUUUACAUGUUCCAUGUAUAGAAGAUAUGCCAUCACAACUGCUUCAUCCUUAAAUAUCAAGAAAAGAAUAGUUUGGAUUGUGGGAAGCCAACUAACCAGCCGUUAGGCUUAGGAUUAGACAAUUUACCAGAAUAGUUAGGUAAAUAGCAUAUGAUGAACAGCACUCCCUUUGACUAAAUUAUCAUUACAGUUGUUGUUCUUUUUAUAAUUGACUGACUAUUUGCGCUCCCUGAUUUAAGCAAGGAAUGGGAAGCUUCCUUUUGUGGACAGUGGAAGGGUGCACAUGUCUGCUCUUUUAGGAACACUUAGGGGGUAGCGUUAUCCUUCGAAGGGAUGGGUGCUGAUGUUUCGAAUGCCAUAUUAUUAUUAUUUUGUACCCCAAACUGCAACCAUUAGACAUACCGCUCGCUCGCAGACGAGCCGGAGCUAAUCUUUCCACAUUCCUCCAUGGUGGAAUGCCCCUGCUCAGAGGAAAAAGGCUAUCUAGAGUCUGACCCUUGGCCCUGUUUAAAACGGUUGGCAUUAAGACCACCACACUCUUUUCGGAUCUGUUUAUUUUCGUAGUGCUGUGGUAGCUGGAUCUACCGUAUGCAUCUAAAUGGAAAAGUAGAAACAAACAUGUGCCUGGUUCUCCAGUCUAGCAACUGUGACAAGCCUUGAGAGGUUUCAACAUUUCUGUUGUUCUGCCAACAUUUGUUUUCAUCUUACAUUUGUAUUGGUUAUUAUGGUGGGAUGAUGGUGUAAACUAAACUAGCUACCAUUUUUACCAGCUUGUUGUGGUAAGCUAGGAUAAUGAGUGUCUUAUUUAUGUGGGUAAUAAUUAUUUUACCAUGUUAAUUUAUCCUUUUCUCACUGAUAUUAAAUGUUACUUGUAUUUUCCUAUUGACUCCGACGCAAAGCAUUUGCUGGUCAAUGUUUUGUAAAGGAGCCAUGUUUUUUGUUCACUACUUGGACUGUUUACAGAAAGGGCUGUUUUGAAACGAGAGAAUUUAAUAUAUUUUGUAUAUUAUUUUACUUUUUGGUAUUUAGUGAUGCAAACUCGACGCCAAAGAUUUGCAUCACAAUUAAGUUAUGUAAUAAAAAUAUCAGCAUUAGCGACGCGAAAUGUAGAAACGCAGUUCAAACUGGUUGACCCAUAUUUGAAUGUUGCUGUGAACUUCAAGAAUGGGGAAUGUUUUGUAUGUCAUUAACAUUUCUGUAAUUCGAAUAAAACUUUAAUAUAUAUCUUUACAAGUA